UGCUAAGAGCUAAGACGCAGAUUAAAUUUCAGAGUGUUUUGUCCUGACUUCCUGAGAUCGUAUCAGCUGUACGUAGUGAAAAAUUAUUGGAUUGCUGAUCAUAUAUUUUUGAUCAACAAUAUUUCUAACGCAAAGAUUUUGUCGGGUAAAGAAAACUCACAAAAUCGCAGUGGUUAGUCAUCAUGAAACUAUAUAUGCUAAUAUUCGGAAUAGUUGCGGGAGUUGUUCUCGUCAAUGGAGCUGUUAGUGGCGGAGGAUGCACAUUUUCUACGGAUAGCUGUACCUCACUUUUUUCCGGUUUCCCUCAUGUGCAAAGCGAUCUCAAUAAGUAUACUAAACAAAUGUUGGAUAAGUCGUAUGACUUCCUGCUUUUGUCGUCGGUGUUCGAUACAUAUACCCUGGAUCGCCCGGGAUUUGAAAAACUAUAUCGCAAAAUCUCUGAUAAGGCCUGGGAGGAUACUAUCGAGCUAAUAAAGUACCAAAGCAAACGAGGUGCUAGUGUCACUUUGAAUAAGGGCACCGAUAAUCCUGUUCAUGACGUCGCCAGCCUAGUUGAGAGCAACGAGGCUUCUUCACUCAAGCUGGCAAUUGACUAUGAGAAGUUAUUGGCUACCGAGGCUCACCAUAUUCAUAAGAAGAUUUCCCAUGCCGACAGUGGCAAGCAUUACGACCCGGAUGUAGCCCACUACUUGGAUGAAAAACUAAUCGAAUACCAGAGUGGCACAAUCCGGAAGCUUUCCGGUUACAUCACAAACUUGGAUGAUAUUUUGAACGAAGCUAACACCAAAGACUUGGGCGUACAAUUAUUCGACGAUUAUUUGAAAAGUGUCGAGUAAAAAUACAAUAUUACCUAUCUACUUUCAUAGAAAUAGCAGAAUUCCAACAUGAUCGGUUGAUCGCUCAAUGUAACUUAAAAAUAAGUAAUAUCUUAGAACUGUUUUUUUAAUUAGAGAAAAAUAGGGUUGUUUCACCUAGAAGGCGAUAAAUUGGAUAAAUCACGCGCCAGAAGUUAUGUUCCAAAUAAAUAUCUUAAACUGAAUAUUUUAGCCAAAAUGCCUACUUGCAAAAAACUAGGGUGAAUGGUCAUGGUACGUAUCAUUUUCUUUAUUUUUCAGGCACCUUCGGAUUGAUUCGCAGAUUUAUAUUUCUUGACUUGGAAGAAACUCUUUAAGUCUAGUUUAUUUAUAAAUUGAUUUUUUAUGACAGCAAAAGUUUUAGAUUGAAUCGAUCCUAGUUCGGCCUGUGUUGAUUUAGAGAACACGAAUAUCAGAAUUCUCGGAUGGGGUCAGUCGUCAGUCCCGGUGUACCGGUUAGCAUUCCCAACCCGGUAGAAGUUACGAGUGACGCAAGCUGUUAAAGUGACUAUAAUGUAACAAAC